CACUACGUCGGCAGAGGGACCGGGAUGGUCGCCGUCCACCGAUCGACAAACUUCUCCUCCCACACGCUGAUCUCCGUGUCUACGAAGGAGGACGUCGAGAACCUGAUGGAGUACGACCGAGGCACGCUGAAUCAUCGGCUCGCCUCCAGCUCAUCCUCUUCCCAAGGGGGAAUCGGAUAGUACGAUAAACAUAAUGGCUGCGAAGAACUCCCUCCGCCAUGUGGCCAUCGCCAAAAGCUCCAUCACGGCUGCCAAGAACUCCCUCCGCCUUUUCCCGUCGACGUGUAAAUCGAAAUUCCCCAACCCAUUUCCUUCUCUUUGCAGCAGGGAUUUGAACUUGUUAAACUUUGGGCUUUUAACGGCGUUGACGGAAAACAGAAGAGGAAUGGGCGACCGGGAGAUAGAAUGGAUCAAAUCUCCGCCGUCUCUCACCGUCAAUCGCAGCAGGGGCUUCAUUGGAUCGGUAGAUCUUCGUAAGGUAUGACUCCUCCGCUUUCAAUGCUGAAGCGAUCCUCUGCAACAAACAAAAAGACAUAGUGAAUUGGGAUCCAUAAUACUGACCCGGAACGCCAUCUCCAAACAUAUCACAAAUAUCCCAAAACCCCCAUAGCAAGAACCCCAACCUAGGCUUUCAUCAUAGGCAGGCGACGAAAGAGGAAUCGACGCUGCAGAUCGGGACGGAAUGGACCAGGUUUUUGGUUAAAGAGGAAGCGUGGUGGGAGGAUUCUACGUCGGAAUCCAAAGCCGACAUCCUUUCCUCAACCAGCUUUCUUCCCGCCACCGAUGCUUCAGGAGAGAUCUCAAGCAUCUUCCUAGACAAUAGGAACCUCUGUUGCAUUUGCAAUUUGUUCCUCCUGAUAAUUAAUUUUUUGUAAUUUA